CCGGCUAAACUGUGCUAUGGAACGUUCAACUCUGAAAUUUCCAAGACAAAUAUUCAUCUCUAUUAUCUAUUCAUAUUAUUACACACAUAAUCAUACUCUUGCUUUGAUUGGUUCUAUUAUUCGAUGUGCACCAGAUCUUGAACACUCAUGCUAUAAUUGUUCGUUCGCAUUUACGGAUCCGUUGGAUUUAAAAAAAUUCAACUUCUCGAUCUAUUUCGAGCUUACGGUGCUCAACUAAUAAGGUUCAGAUUCUUACUGAAUGCAAUGCUAUGAUGAUCUAUCUUUGGCUGAUAAGUUAAUCAUAAUAAAGUGCAUUUAGUCUUGACUUGAACUUUGGAAAGAGAUAAAGUUCUUCGGGAGAUAUAUCUUUGAUGCAUCAUUUCUAAAAGAAAAUGGCUCAGUCGUGGCGUCUAGGCAUGAAGGAUAUGCAAAUAUUGCAUGUGUCUCGUCACCGCAGUAACUUAAAGAAGCCAAUAUGGAUUAUCAUUCUGGUUUCUUUAGUUAUCGUGUUCUUGAUUUGUGCUUAUGUUUAUCCGCUUCAGAAUUCCACAACAUGCUAUGUAUUCUCCUCUCAUGGUUGCAAGGCAUUAUCUAACUGGCUUCCACCUGCUCCUGUGAGAGAACUAACCGAUGAUGAGAUUGCAUCUCGUGUUGUAAUUAGAGAUAUCCUGAGUAUGCAUCCUAGUUUACCAGAGAAUUCCAAAAUUGCAUUCCUAUUUCUGACACCGGGUGCUUUACCUUUUGAGAAGCUGUGGGACAAAUUUUUUCAGGUGGCUUUUUCCUUUGAGUGCUGAAACAUCUAAUGUUAU